AUGAGGCGCUCUGGGGAGGUUGCGGCCUUGGGCUCUGCCGGCGCGCAGGCGACAAAGGACAUUCAAGAAAAAAUUGACUUCGAAAUGAGAAUGCGAGAAGGAAUUUGUAAACUGCUUGCUGUGACCACGCAAAAAGACCAGACGUUGCAUGCAGUUAAAAACCUCAUGGUUUGCAAUGCUCGCAUACUGGCCUACAAGGCAGAGCUACAGAGAGAGUCAACUAUAAAUAGAAAUACAGAGCGGUGUUCAGAUUUUGCUGCUAAGGAUCGUGAAGCUUGUAAGGGCAAGGUUGCCAUAUCAGACCUUCGGAUACCAUUGAUGUGGAAAGGCUCUGAUCACUUCAGCAACAAAGAUAGAACCCAGCGUUACGCAGUUUUUUGCUUAUUCAAAAUAGGAGCUCAAGUUUUUGAUACAGAUUUGCUUAUUGUUGAUAAAGCAAUAACAGACAUCUGUUAUGAAAGUGUGACUGUGUUUGAGGAAGCUGGGCCAGAUUUCCAGCUAAAGGUUGAAGUCUACAGCUGCUGUUGUACUGAAGAUUCUUUAGUCAUACCAAACACUCCAAAGAAGUUAGUUAAGAAACUGAAAAUAUCAAUCGGCAAAGCUACUGGGAAGAAACUUGGCUCUGCGUCAGAUGGUGACAACCUUGAAUCGUUACUGUUCAGUGACACAGUUGUACUCGGUGCAAAGUACAACUUGCUAGCACAUACAACGUUGGGACUGGAAAGCGUUGAGGACAAUUUCAAGACUCACAACCUUACUAUUGUGGGGAACGAGGAAUCAUCAUUUUGGCUUCCCUUGUAUGGCAGUAUGUGUUGUCGUUUAGUCGCUCAGCCGUCCUGCAUGACCAAGUAUAUGAUGGCGGGGUUUCUUAAUCAACAGCAAAUGAUAGGGAAGAUGACUAGCUGGAGGAGGCUGUACUGUGUGCUAAGAGGAGGCAAGCUCCUUUGUUACUAUACCCCAGAAGAAAUAGAAGCUAAUAUGGAACCAGCUGUGACUGUCUCUGUCAACAAGGAAACCAGAAUUCAUGCUGUGGAUAAAGAUACGCAGAAGAAAGCAAAAAGCUUCUCUAUUAUCAAUCCUGAAACUGGGGAAGCGCCGGUGACUCAAUUUUUUGCUGUUGAAAGCCGGGAAGACCUUUAUAAGUGGACAGAAGCUUUUUGGCAGCAUUUCUAUGAUUUCAGUCAAUGGAAACACUGUUGUGAAGAAUUCAUGAAAAUUGAGAUUAUGUCACCACGGAAACCACCAUUGUUCUUAACAAAAGAGGCCACUUCAGUUUACCAAGAUAUGUGUAUUGAUUCCCCAGUAAAACAUGAAGGAUUGAUUGAUAUAGUGCGAAAAAUUGAGGAAACCGGUGGGAGCUUCCUGACUGGCCCACAAGAACCAUGUGUGACACCUCCAUGGGCUGCCAUGUUUGAUGGGUCUCACCAGAUGCUUGUGCAGAAAAUCACUCUUUCGGGCACUAGCAAAGGAACUGUGAAGUCUACUGAAAGCAAAGGCACAAAAAGAAGAGCUCCUCUCCCCCCUUCUGAUAAGCCACCAUACACCUCAGCAGCACAAACAACAUCCAGUCAAUUGGACAAGGAGAAUAUUGGGAGUAAUUCUCCUCUUGCACAUAAGAUCUGUUCUUUGGAUUCGGGGCAGCCUUUCUUACCUCAGUUGCAGAGGCCUAUUGCGGCUCCUCGCAAAUCUGUUACUUGUUGGAAAGGCACCUCCACUGAUGAUGAAUAUCCUCCCUCUUCACCUACAAAACCUGUUCCUGCUCCUAGGAAGAAAUCGGUCAAAGAGGUGCUUGAGCCGAGAUCUCAGUUGCAAUCACAGGUGUAAUAUUAAUGUUUGCUUUGAGAGGGAGAUGUUUCAUAAGCCAUGUUUACAGUGUUAUUGCGAGUCACAAACUUUCACCAAAACUGCUGGAAACACUUUUUGUAAUGUACAGUCAAAGUUCAAGGUUGUGGAGAUGAGAACAAAAAGAUUUUUUUAUUGACAAAAUUAGUUUUCCCCUUCUCAAAAGUUCUGUUCUGCAUGUCAGUGCCAAAGUGUAAAUAGAUGAUUCAACAAAAAUAAAAACCAGCAAUUUCCCCCCACCCCCAUUUUUUUAAUGAUGGAAAACUUUUAGAUCACCCUGAACUGUUCUUGUCUUUUACAACAUAAUCUCUCUCGAAUG